UAUUUUUAUUUAUUUAAGAAGAAGACUACGUUUGAAUGGAAGUUACAAUAAUAGUUAAUUAUAGUUUUGAGCCAUCAAAAAUAUUUGUUAUAUUUUAUAGUGACAAGGCCCUGAAUUCAAAUAUCGCCUGACCAAAAUGAUACUUAAAUGUCAGGAAGAUUCUUUUUUAAAAGAGUUUACUACUAAACUAGUUGAAUGCAUUGAAGAUGAAUUUUCAAUCUCAAUUUCUGCUGGUACACAAAUUAAAAUAAAAGGAGUUGGAAUUAUUUUGGAAAACACAAUACUCUUUCCAGAAGGAGGAGGUCAACCCUGUGACGAAGGUGUGCUGAGGCUAGAAAGGGAGGGGGGUACAGAUGAGCUGAGAGUGUGUCACGUCUUCCGCAGAAAUGGCCAAGUGGUACACCUGGUGGAAGAAAGGUGGGAUGUUCCAUGGAAUGAGUUAUUGCCUGGCACACCUGUGCAUCAAUUACUAUCUUGGCAUCGCCGGUUCUACCACAUGAUCCAGCAUUCAGGCCAGCACCUGAUAUCAGCAUUGGCAGAGAGGAUGUUUCAACUGGAUACGUUGUCAUGGUGUUUGGGAUCUGAAUCUUGCUACAUUGAACUGGAACAAAUCACAGAGGACCAAUAUAAGACACUGGAAAUUGAAGCAAAUACAUUUAUUGGGAAGGAUCUGCGAGUAUCAGCCCAUGUGUACAAGGAAGGAGAUCAAGAGUUACAGAAGGCCAAAACAAGGGGUCUUCCAGAAGGUCAUGUAGGAGAUGUUAGAGUGAUUGAAAUAGAGAAUUUAGACAAAAACAUGUGUUGUGGUACUCAUGUCUCUAGUCUGCGUCAACUUGAGGUCAUCAAGUUUUUAGGAACAGGGAAAAAGGUGUUUAAAAAGAAAAAGACAUGCCUCCUAUAUUUUGUAGUUGGCAGAGAUAAAGUGUUCCAAAAAUUUGACUGUAUGCACAAAAAAGAAGAGUCCAUCUCCACUAUAUUAAAUAAACUCCCAGAGGAGCAUGUUACAUCCAUAACAGACAUGAAAGAAGGUUUAGCAGUUGCUAAAAAGACAGUUAAAGAGUUACAGAAGGAGGUAGUCAUGCUAAUAAUAAAUGCUUUCAAAGAGGAAGAACCAAACCCUGCACUCUUCUGUUUGCACAGGCCGGAUGGAGAUUUGGAACUCAUGAAUUUUAUUUCUAGACAGUUCAAAGGAAUGAAUGUGGUUCUAUUCCUAAGCAUUGGUGAAGAAGAAGGAAAUGUGCUCCUUGAGGGACCAAAAGAUAUUAUUACUGAGUUGGCACCAAAAGUGAGCUCUGUGCUAAUAGGCAAAGGUGUUGUUAGUGGAAAUAAAUUUCAAGCUAAAGUGUCACGGCUAAGCUGCAAGAAGAGAGUUGAAGACUUGAUAAGGGAGGCCCUUACUGUUCAAUGCCGCUCAGCCUAAAUAUGUAAUGCUGGAGUUUUUAUUAUCUGUUUAUUUUUGUUUUUACAUGUGUAAGAUGCAUAUUGAAAUAUUAAGUAUUAUUAUCCUAUGUGUACGAUUCUAGUCAUUGUUAAACUAUGAAAAAUAAAAAAAAAUAAUGUUGAGUAAAUACAGGGUAAAAAUAUGGAGUAAAAAAAUAAAAAUAUAAUCUUCCCUUAGCAUUGUGGUCAGUUUAGGAUGUUUCAGCUUGAACUUGUUCACUCUAUAAAGUUUUACCUCAUAAUUUUAGGGGGGAAAAAUUAAUUUACUGUAGUUACUUUCCAAGGAGAAUAUUAUUUCACCAUGGUUCAUCAUAACUUUUGAAAUUCAUUUUCAUUGCUGUUUGAAGUUCAGCUGAAUAGCUAUGGGAAUGUUUGUAUUCAAAGUUUUAGUUAAAAUCCUCAACAUUAUCACAAAUGAGGGCAUGGAAAGGAUUCAAAAACCUCAGAACACCUAUCUGUUACACAUAUCUGUUAAAACAAAUCAUUUGUACUCGUAUCUUAGGACGAAUAAAGAUUUUUUUCUGAUA